AUUAAACCGCGUAAUUAUUCAUUAGACCCAGUCGACGCAUCAUGUCGCAUUAUUGCCGUCUUCGUUCCGCCCACCUGUUUUUCCUCCCCGGACACAACACGUACUUGUUUCCCCGGGUCGUGGACACGGGCUCUUCCAACCGCAUAAUGAUUCCUCCUUCUCCACUGCUCGGGUGCGCAGAAAUAAACUCGCAGGAUGAAAGGAGCUUUCAAAUGUUCCAGAUUUAGUUCCACUCUUGCUGAGUGGCUACAAAAUGAGUGAAAUGACCAUGGAUGGAUGGAUAAUGACUCUAAAUCAAGGGUUCACAGAAACAAUUUGCAUGAUGACCAUCAGUGACCGGUGGCUCAAAAUGUCCAAGAUUUAUUACCACACUUGCUCUAUUUACUCAAAUAUAGUUAAUAUGUGCCGAAGAAAUGAACGCAGAAAUAAGCCAUUAUGCAGC